GAGUUGUAGCGUCGUUAGCUGCAGUCGUUGCAAUGGUACUGAUGAUGCUACCGUCAUUCGGUGGCGCGGCGGCAGCCAGAGCCACCGGCACCGGGGAAGCGAGCAACUGCACGAGGAGCUGCGGCAACAUCAGCAUCCCAUACCCAUUCGGCAUCGAGCCCGGCUGCUACCUCGCCGCCUGGUUCAACCUGACCUGCGACCACUCGUACGAGCCGGCGAAGCUGUUCCUCGGCGACGGCACGGUGCAGGUGCUGGAGAUCUCCGUCGCCAACGGCACGGUACGCAUCAACAGCACCCGCUUGCUGUACACGGUGGGCGGGGUGAGCACCACGAGCGGGACGUGGGGCCGGGGCCUCCCGCCCGGCGGGCCCUUCUUCCUGUCGGAGUCGAGGAGCAGCGUCGCGUUGGUCGGCUGCGGCGCGCAGGUGGAGGUGCGAGGGGGAGUGGACAACAGCCUGGUCGCGUCCUGCGCCGCCGUCUGCCCGCUGGACGGCGACGGGAGGAUAGUGGUCGAUAGCAGCGGUGCCUGCGCUGGCGUCGGCUGCUGCCAGGCGAACAUCGUCCUGGGCUACGAUUUCUACAGCAUCCGGAUCAACAAGCUCAACGGCUCGGUCUAUGCGCUGACGGCCUCUGUGUACUUCGUCGAUCAGGGUUUCCGCAAUGCCCAGGACAUGAUCAGUGCAGUUUAUGGCUACUUCCCUGAGUCGCUCCCGGCCACGCUGGAGUGGGUGACCAGUAACUACACAUGCCCCACACCCUAUGAGUACUCACACGACCCUCCUCCCGUCAAUGGCGAAUGCUCCAUGGAACACAGUGUUUGCCUAGAAGGACCUUACAAUGUUGCUGAUCGUGGGAGUCGGUGCGGCGGCGGGGUUGGUUACCGAGGCAACCCUUACGUCGGGGAUGGAUGCCAAGAUAUCGACGAAUGUACUUCUCCAAGCACCUACUCAUGUUAUGGCGACUGCAAGAAUAUCCCAGGAGAUUUCAUCUGCCAGUGCCCUCAUGGGUACUAUGGAAAUGCUUCGCUUCCAAAUGGAUGCCAAGACAUAAACGAGUGUGAGUACCCGGAAGCCCACUCCUGCUACGGCGUCUGCUUGAACUUCCCUGGAACUUUCCAGUGCCAAUGCCCUAGUGGAACCUAUGGGAACUCUUCCCAAAAAUGGGGAUGUCUUACAAUCAAGAACACAACCGCAGUUUCUGGUUUAGGCAUCGGGCUAGGAGUCUCUGGUGGCACAAUUCUUUUGCUCCUAACAUUCGGUAGUCCUUUGAUAAUCCGAAAAGCCAAGGAGAGAAAGGCGAAGAAGACGAGGGAGAAAUAUUUCAGGCAGAACCAUGGUUUACUACUGCAGCAGCUGAUAUCGCACAAGGCAGACAUUGGUGAGAGGAUGAUAGUCACACUGAGGGAGCUAGAGAAGGCCACGGACAACUUCGACAGAUCCCGCAUAGUCGGCGGCGGGGGGCACGGCGUCGUGUUCAAGGGGAUCCUAGGCCUCCAUGUCGUGGCUGUGAAGAGGUCCAAGAUCGUGGUGCAGAGAGAGAUCGACGAGUUCGUGAACGAGGUCGCGGUUCUCUCCCAGGUCAACCACAGGAACGUAGUGAGGCUCUUGGGAUGCUGUCUCGAGACAGAGGUUCCGCUUCUUGUCUACGAGUUCAUCUCCAACGGAACGCUCUACCACCAUCUCCAUGUCCAAGGGCCGGUGUCGCUGAGAUGGAACGACCGGGCAAGGAUCGCGCUACAGGUUGCUAAGGCACUGUCCUACCUACAUUCAGCUACCUCCAAGCCCAUAUUUCACAGAGAUAUCAAGUCCUCCAAUGUACUUCUUGACGACACUCUGACCGCAAAGGUGUCGGACUUCGGGGCCUCCAGAUACAUCCCGAUCGACCAGACUGGGGUGACUACGGCGAUUCAGGGCACCAUCGGGUAUCUGGAUCCCAUGUACUACUACACGGGCAGACUGACAGACAAGAGCGACGUCUUCAGCUAUGGCGUGCUCCUCAUUGAACUGCUUACCAGGAAGAAACCGUUCGCCUACCGCUCCGAUGCCGGCGACGGUAUCGUUUCGUAUUUUGUCUCGCUGCUCGCACAAGGCAGACUGUUGGAGAUAAUGGAUCCUCAGGUCAUCGACGAAGAGGACGGAGAGAUCCAGGAAGUGGCAGCGCUCGCGGCGAUGUGUACUAAGCUCAAGGGAGAAGACCGGCCGACGAUGAGGGAAGUAGAGAUGACGCUUGAGAAUCUGCUAGUUAAGAAGAAACAUGUUCCAUGCGAUACAUCGUUAAGAGAUGAAGAGAUUGUGGCUCGUUGGAUGUCAAAUGAGCAAGUCUCUACUGAAACAAGCAGCAGACAGUACACCAUGGAAGAGGACACACUCUUGUCCGGGAGGUAGCUGGGCUGGUUCUGUGCUUUCAUGGAAAAUGCUGUUGCUUCAUAUAUUGAUUCCAGCCAGGAAGCCAACACAGAAUGUCUCCUUCUUUACUGUCUUCUUGGUUAUUCUGCUAGUGUUCUUGCUAUUUUUCUGUCACUGUAUAAGUAUCAUUGCCCCCCCUAAAUUACUACUAUACAGAGCGCGACGCAAACGCGCGUCCUCGUUCAUCCACGUUGGCGUAAAAAAAUAUGUGCGUACGAUUGCUCAUCAACGGACACAGUUCCUUCUCAGUUGUCUUAAUCUGGAGAGUUCCAGUGAGACUACGAAUCGUCCGCCGUCUUCUGAAAAGGUCACUCAAAGGCCCGCCGUCUGCAGCGCUGGCGACCGCAGAGCCGGCGACCACCGUGCGUCCUGUCUCCUCGUCUGCUCCGUCCAUCUCCACAGCUUGUGCAGGCCCUCUCGCUAGACCGUUUUGUUGCUUAGAAUCAUCGAGAAUCUGUUAUUACAUCCUACUUUUUUUCUAUCAAGAUUAGAACAGGUCGCUGAAACACUUGGAUCAAAACAGAGCUUGAGAUGAAGCACUACACCCUGAAGGAUCAGGGUGUUUAUGCUCUUCCAUCUACUGCAAAAUCCAAUUGGAAGGAUAUCUACUGCAUCUACUUCCAAAACAGCAUGAUGCAAUACUUGACGACAAAGGAAAAGGUCCAACCGUUACAAUUGAAUCUCCACCCAAAAGGUUCAAAAUGGACCUCUACGUAUUAAAGAAAGGUCGGACACAAGAUCUUCCAACAACUGAAGAUUUUCUCAGAUUAUCAGCAGCUUUUAGGUUGUAGAAUGUCCUUUAUAUAAUUAUAUAUAACUGCUCAACUUUUAUGAAGACAUUUCAUGUAAAUAUAACAAGGUAGCUUGAAAUGUUGCAACAAACAUACUACCUUCUGCCAGUGCUCAUUUAACUCUAUUUUACUUUAUACAAAUCUGCUAUGCUCUAAACUGUC